AUGAAGAGAAACAGGCAUAGCUCCUCUCUACCCUCCCUCAUCUCUACUAGAGAUGUUAUCAGUAAUCCAUUUGACAUUGGGACCGGCACCAAGCAGGAAGAUCUCGAUGAGACUAUCGGCAAUAUGUACAGGAACACAUACUUCAAUCCUUCGUCAGUAGCCCAUCGUUCAAUGGUGAAUGAAGAAUCAGAUGAAGGUGAUAAAGAGACUAAAUUGUCAAUAAAAUAACGAGGCUACUAUCAGAGCCAUGAACUUGAGAAUAAAAUUAUUAAAAAAGAAGAAGCUGGAUAUGCUUGGCUAUAAGACUAUUGGAAAGUGGAGCAACCCCACUUCCAAAAAUCAGAAGAUAAGAAAUGCAAGACUCAUUAGCAAUUUUGUUAGCAAACCUGAGAUUGAGAAGAAGGUCUAUAAUAAUACUGAUCAUGCUGAAGGUGUCUUGCAAAGAAAUAAGUAUCUUAAUUUAGAAAUCAGCAAAGCACUAAACCGGUACAGAAGUCAGUGAUACCUUGACACGAUCAGAGAGGCCAAGGAGAAGAAAGACAAGGAGAUGCCUGAGAUAAGAAUCCAAAAAAUAUCAAAAGACAAUGACUCUUUCUCUGAAGUUCCUGUUAGUGGAGGGAGUAAAAAUAAACAUCAGGAUGUGAAAAAUGUGAAACUUAUUUCUGAAGCAAGGAAAUAUGUGCCUGGAAUUGACCAAGAUAUAUUCUACUGGAGGAAAAUCCAGAGCCAUAGGCUCAUGCCAGAAGUCAGAGAGCAGUUCACCAUGGCACAAGUAGACCAGCGCCUGUAUAUUUUUGGAGGGCUCUCACAUGACUGCCUAGGAGACUUUUUAACCUGAGACAUCCUUAAAUGGAAAUGGGAGAGGAUGGAAACUAUUAAUGAUGAUGUCUUUAUUGAGCCAAGACUCGCUCACUCCUGCACUGUUUACAAUGAAUACCUGCUAUUUUAUGGAGGUUUAAAGAAGUUUAGAGGAGGAUUCAAGGUAGGGGAUAUCUUCCAAGGCUUCGUAAUGUACAAUACAAUCACAGGCAAAUGGGAUAGACCAGCUAAAGCAAACAAUAAUAUGCUCCCUCAUAGAAGAAACCAUAUCUCCUUUGUUGUUGGGGAUAAAUUUGUAGCAUAUGGAGGCCAAGAUGAAAAUGGAAAGCUCCAUGAUAGCCUGGUAAUGCUGUCUUUGAAAGACUUUGGAUGGAAAGGGCUUGUUGAAACAAGUAAUCAAAGAGUCAAAUUGCCUAUAAUUUUUCAGAGGAAAAAGAAGAAUACUCGGGAAAAUAGAAAUAGCUUGAAAUAUAAAGUAGAGAAUUUGAAAGCAAACCCACUGAUCCUUGACGGAUCACCUGGACAAUUAACUUUCCAUGCUGGAUGCCUUGUUGUUCAUAGAAUCAGCGAAGGAGGGACAAAACCAUUUUCUUUGUAUGAUAGAGAUCAGCAUAGAUUGCCAAGUCCCACCAUUAUUCAAUACGAAGGAUUAUAUGUUUUUGGUGGUAAAGAUAAUAGUGGCCAAGUUAAAGGAAAUCUUUAUGUUCUCGUGAUGGGAAAGUCGCCAUGAAACUGGCUAAAUCUGCAAAAAUAUAUCGAUAAAUAAUGGUCCAAGUCCGAGUCCAAGAUAUGCUCAUACCAUGCAUUAUUCUCAGGAAUUAGACAAACUAAUACUAUUCGGGGGAAGAAAUGAUACCUUCGGAAAUGCAACAAAAUGAGUAUUGAAUGAUAUAUGGAUGUUGAGCUGAAACCUAUACAUCUGGACUAAAGUCAAAUGCCAUGGGGAAAUACCUGAGCAGAGGUACAACUUUGGCUCUACUCUCUCAGGAACUCAGCUUAUAAUUUUUGGAGGUUUGAAUGGACAAACUUAUAACAGUGCAGCUAUGUAUAUUUGAGAGCUGGAUCAUUUGAAAGCUCUAAAACAUAUCCUUACUAGAGGAAAGAAGAAAGCUUAUUUUAAAGAAUUUCCUAUCAAAAAGGAGGAUGAACUUAAAAAUAUAAAUAAAGAGCCAAAUAUCUUAGAUUUAAUUAACCCAAAGAACCGAGUAAAGCUCUCAAAAAUCGAAACUUUAGAAAAGAGAUUACAAGAAGGGAUGAAGAGAAAUUUAAUGAGUGACUACCAGAAGUAAAAACUUGGAAGCCCAGAUUAAGAAUGAAAUCCUUAAUGAGAAGUGAAAGAUGAUCGAGAACACAGACACUCUUUCGGAGUUGAGCAGAACUAUCGAUGAGAUGGAUCAUAAUAACGGAGGCAUGAGUAGUAUCAAUUAUGGCAAUCCUACAGGAAUGGGGGCCAACCAGGUGGAUAAAUCUCUUCAUGACUUUGAAGGCCACAUGUCUAAAAUUGAGAAUAAUACAAAUACUGGGAUAACAGUUGUUGUUGAGGAGGAUAAGAAAUUGAUUCUUGACUCCAGUGAGCUAUAA